GCGCGCAGGAGGUGCACCCGCUGGUGGAGAUGGUGCCAGCGGCGCCGUACCCGCGGCAUUUCGGGGACGGCGACCAGAGCCUCAGGGGCUCCGCGUCUUCGCCGCCGACGCCGCCGCGCCGCUCCUCGCCUCGGCGGCCGAGCGAGCGCCGCGCCGCGGGCGCGGGCAGCCCGCAGACGCCUGCGCAG